GAAAUCAAGAGAUGUAUUAAUUAUCAGUUCAUCAUGAGUCAAAUGGCUUCAAACUGUCCACCUUUUCAAUUUUCAUCAAAAUAUUAUAGUGUUUCUGGAGAUGGGGAUAGUUGUGUGAGGCAAAGCAGCUUUUUUGGAGGAAAACCUCUUGUUAAUCAGGGUGUUGGCUACUCUGUCAUUCUUGGUUUUGGAGCUUUUUUCGCAGUCUUCACUUCUUUCCUGGUUUGGCUGGAAAAAAGAUAUGUUGGCUCCCGUCAUACAUCAGAAUGGUUCAACACAGCUGGUAGAAAUAUUGCUAGUGUAAUUGUGUCUCAGGUACCAUUGUUAUUGUCAAUGUAACUGGUCUGUGAAAUCGUGAAAGCAAGGUGGCAGGCAGCUGCUCAUCUUGUUUUUCUGGGGUUUUGCUUCUUGACCAACAUUAUAGUAACAGCCAUGCUGCUUCUUGGUGGAUCAGCUGUCGUUAAUGCACUCACUGGCGUCAAUAUAUAUGCUGCAAGUUUUCUUAUCCCUCUUGGUGUCAUAGUUUACACCUUAGCAGGAGGGAUAAAAGCUACUUUCUUGGCGAGCUAUAUACAUUCUGUCAUAGUACACGUGGUUUUAGUCAUCUUUGUGUACCUAGUAUAUGUUGCUAGCAAUGAACUUGGCAGCCCAAGCCUGGUUUACAGACGUUUAUUAGAGAUAAUAGCAAGCAAGUCAAGAAAUUGUCAAGAGCCAAUCUCCCAUGUUGGACUCUGUGGUCCUGUUACUGGGAAUUUCAAGGGGUCUUAUGUUACUAUGUUGAGUUCAGGUGGUCUUGUCUUUGGUAUCAUCAACAUCGUGGGAAAUUUUGGCACAGUUUUCGUUGACAAUGGGUACUGGGUAAGUGCCAUUGCUGCAAGACCAUCAUCGACGCAUAAGGGCUAUUUGUUGGGUGGUCUAGUUUGGUUUGCUGUGCCAUUCUCUUUGGCAACAUCACUAGGUCUUGGAGCAUUAGCUCUUGAUCUACCAAUAACAGCAAGUGAGGCUAGCCAUGGACUAGUUCCUCCAGCUACAGCUAUUGCUUUGAUGGGAAAAGGGGGGUCGAUUCUUCUCCUCACAUGCUCUUUAUGUAAGGCUGUCACAUCAGCUGGUUCAUCUGAGCUAAUUGCAGUCUCUUCAUUAUGUACAUAUGACAUAUAUCGUGCAUACAUCAAUCCGGAUGCAAGUGGAAAACAAAUUCUAAAAGUUUCAAGAGGAGUUGUGUUAGGAUUUGGCUGUUUCAUGGGCAUUUUAGCAGUAGUUUUAAACAAGGCAGGGGUUUCUCUAGGUUGGAUGUACUUAGCCAUGGGAAUUUUCAUAGGAUCAGCUGUUCUCCCAAUUGCUUUCAUGCUUUUAUGGCGAAAAGCAAGCAGUUUUGGUACAAUGCUAGGGACACUAAACACAGUUGUUGGCUGUUUGUUAGGGAUUAUCACUUGGUUAUCGGUCACUAAAAUCGAGUAUGGAAGGAAAUCUGGUAGAAAUGCGCCAAUGCUUGCAGGAAACCUUGUUUCUAUACUUACUGGUGGAGCUAUUCAUGCGGUUUGUAGCUUUCUAAGGCCCCAGAACUAUGAUUGGCAGACUACUAAGCAGAUAACAGUGGUUGAAAAGGAAAAGAAUGAAUUGCCACCUGAAGAGUUCAAAGAGGAAAAGCAACAAGCCAAAGCAUGGAUAAUCAAAUGGGGCAUUGGUUUCGCAGUCGCGAUAGUAGUUUUCUGGCCUAUUCUUACACUUCCUGUGGGGCAAUUUAGCAAGGGAUACUUCACAUUCUGGGCUGUAAUAGCUAUUGUAUGGGGUACAGUAGGAUCAGCAGUUAUUAUUGCUUUACCAUUGAAGGAAAGCUGGGGAACCAUCCAAAGUGUGCUAAUAAUGGAAAAGUUGGAAGACUUAAACUCCAAGCUGAAUGCAUUUAUUGUAGCAAUGCCUGAAGUAGAGAGGGUGUAUUUACUUGAGAAAGAAAGGAGCAAGAGAAAGGAAGCAUCAGAAUCCGAUCAGAUUGUUGCUUCACCAAGUCAUUGAA